AUGGCGAUACCCACUUUGACUUACGGAAGUGAAGCAUGGGUGCUGACAAGGAAGCUUGAAUCAAGAAUACAAGGAGCACGCUGGGAAGAAGCGUUCCUAGACGCUGUGGGCGAGGCAGAGGACGCAGGUCGAUUCAAACACAUCUCGACAUCGAGGUUCGCCUCACGAACCCUGGACAUCGAGCUUGAGAAGAACACACAGUCUGUGGUACCUUACUUUGGAUCCACCUUUGUUAUCAUGGCUGUUUUUAGUACUAUCACGUCUAUGAUGUUAGACUGGGUGAGAUCCAAACCACUGCUGGGACUACUUGGCAAUAUUUCAGCAGCUAUGGGGACUGUAUCAGGGUUUGGUCUAGCUGUCUAUUUUGGAAUACCCUUCAUUGGAAUAAACCUUGUUUCACCCCUACUUAUGUGCAGUAUCGGAAUAGACGACACGUUUGUGAUGCUAGCAGCAUGGCGGCGUACACCGGUCACCCUUCCAGUGCCUGAACGGGUGGCACGUACCUUAUCCGAAGCAGCUGUUUCAAUAACGAUUACUUCGGUAACUGAUAUCGUCAGUCUGACCAUUGGAAUACUCAGUCCGUUCCCAGCUAUUCAGAUAUUCUGUCUUUAUUCUAGUUUUGCAGUUGCGUUUAUAUUUGUAUGGCAUAUAACGUUUUUUGCUGGCUGUAUGGCUAUUGCCGGAUAUGCUGAACAAAACAAUAGACAUUCUAUCACCUGUGUAAAAGUCGCUCCUCUAUCCAUGUCAGGAAAGAGGUCAUGGCUGUAUAGAGCUUUCUGUUCUGGAGGAAUAAACCCCAAGGACCCUGACAAUCCUAUCGACAAUCCAGAAAAUGCACUCAUGGCAUUUUUCAGAGAUACCCUGACCUACUACCUGAACAAAUGGCAGGUGAAAAUGCUGAUUCUGCUGGUUUUCAUGGCGUAUCUGGCUGGAGCCUGCUAUGGUAUUACUUGCAUCAAGGAAGGAUUACAGAGGAGAAAAUUGUCCAAGGCUGAUUCAUACUCUAUUGAGUUCUAUGAUAGGGAAGACUUCUAUUUUAGGGAGUUUCCCUACAGAAUGCAGGUAAUCCUAAGCGGCCCCCUGAACUACAGUGACCCCGUGGUCCAACAGGAGGUGGAGAACCUGACCCGUACAUUCGAGGCAUCGCCCUACAUCUCGACCUCCCUCUACACAGAGUCCUGGCUGCGUAGCUUUGUCUCAUAUGUCGAGCGAAAUGCUGACUAUCUCAAUGUGUCUAUCAGCACGGAACCUGAUUUCAUCAAGGCUCUACACGAGAUCUGGCUAUUCAAACCGAACCCGUUUUCGUUGGAUGUGAAAUUCAGUGACGAUGGAUCGCAAAUAGUGGCAUCUCGCUUCAUGAUUCAGGCAGUCAACAUCAGCGACGGAAAUGCCGAGAAAGACAUGGUCCGCGAUCUGAGACGAAUCUGCCAUGAGUCACAUCUGAAUGUCAGCGUCUUUCAUCCCUAUUUCGUCUAUUUCGAUCAGUUCGAACUGGUCCGCCCCACCUCUAUUCAGGCCAUGAUAGUUGGCGCAGUCAUCAUGAUGAUCAUCUCCUUCAUCUUCAUCCCGAACAUCCUCUGCUCACUUUGGGUGGCCUUCUGUAUCGUCUCCAUCGAAACCGGAGUGGCCGGCUAUAUGUCUCUAUGGUCAGUCAACCUGGACACCAUCUCAAUGAUCAACCUCAUCAUGUGCAUUGGGUUCUCAGUGGACUUCACUGCCCACAUCUGCUAUGCGUACAUGUCCUCCAAGGCUGAAUUACCUGAAGAAAAACUCCGGGAAUCCUUACACUCCCUGGGUCUUCCGAUUUUCCAAGGUGCCAUCUCGACUAUCCUUGGUGUCGCUGCCCUGGUUCUAGCAGACAGCUACAUCUUCCUAGUCUUCUUCAAGAUGAUUUUCCUGGUGGUAUUUUUCGGGGCCAUCCAUGGUAUCCUACUUCUCCCUGUGCUCCUAACCAUGUUUGGACCUAACUCAUGUGGCAGAUCCAAACAACGCAGGGAAAUGUCGGAGAUUGAAAAGACAUUUCCCCACCCGUACUGUAUCCCCCACCCGAGUCUCACAGGUGCCCUGAAUCAUCCCUUAGCGCACUUCCAAGGGAAACAGCUGGGGGGACCACAUCACCAUCAUUUCGGCGGGGUUCCGUUACAUGGGUUGGCCGCAGACAUACCUCCGUCACGUCUGGUCAUCUCAUCGUACAAUGGUGAUACCUGUGGAAAGUUUGUGUUGGACAAGGAUCAAGGUCUGGGGACAUCAGGAGAGGAUUCAAGUGAGUCGAGCUCGUCUAAAUCACAUCCCCAUCAGAAACAGGUCCCGAAGAAAAUGGUGGCAGAAGAUGAAGAUGAGAAACAGCGCAGGAAGUAUGUGGAGGGAUGGCGGAAGUCUAGUGCACCGGGUCAAGGUCUUUCGAGGUCACCUGAAGGUCGAUCAAGGUCGCCGACAGAUCUUCAAGGGCAUCCAAGGUCACAAGACUACCAAGGUCAAGCACAUCAAGGUCAUCCAAGGUCGUCCCUGAACGAAGGUCACCUAAGGUCUUCACAAGACUUUCCAAGGUCGUCCCCGAACGAAGGUCAUCUCAGGUCUUCACAAGACUUCUCAAGGUCUUCAAAUGAUGGUCAUCCAAAAGGAAGAGGAGUGCCCGAAGGUCAUCCAAGGUCAUCAGCUCAAGGUCACUCGAGGACGAAUGGUGGCUACAUGAGUGACGAGGACAGCUCCCCGAAAUGGCGACCGCCACACCCGGCGUCGCAGCUAAAUUUUAGGGCAUCACGAUCGCACCACUAUUCGCCCAAAUCGGGAGCAACACCUCAGGGCAGAAAUUCGUCCUCAGCGUUUGUUGGAGAGAGUAGGUUUCCAUGAGGGUUCCGACUGUGAGGUUCAUGUCAAACUGUCAGUAUGGAUGACGUCAUUAGUGAAGUCAUUCAAUGACGUCAUCACUCCCCAUUAAAUGCUCACAGUUUUAUUAUUGAAUCUCACUAUGACUAUAGAGAAAAGAUAGCAUAAGAAGACAUGCCAUGGUUUGUAGAAUACCUUCAAAGUUUGGAAGUUUUGUAUCAAAUUAUGGUGUUAUGUAGCCAGUUGAGAUGAUACUGUAUCAUAUUGUGGUGAUACUGUAUCAUUUGUGUUGAUACCAUAGAGAAUAGAUAGUAUGAGAAGAUAUGUCAUGGCUUGUACAAUACCUUCAAAGUUUGCAAGUUAUGUAUCAAGUUAUGGUGUUGUCUAUCAAGUUGAGAUGGUACUGUAUCAUAUUGUGGUGAUACUGUAUCAUGUGUGUUGAUACUGUAUCAUAUUGAGGUGAUACUGAAUGAUUAGUGACGAUACCAUACAGAAAAGAUAGCAAAAGAAGACAUGCCAUGGCUUGUAGUAUUCAUUCAAAGUUUGUAAGUUUUGUAUCAAAUUAUGGUGUUGUGUAUCAAGUUGAGAUGAUACUGUAUCAUAUUGUGGUGAUACUGUAUCAUUUGUGUUGAUACCAUAGAGAAUAGAUAGCAUGAGAAGAUAUGCCAUGGCUUGUAGAAUACGUUCAAAGUUUGAAAGUUAUGUAUCAAGUUAUGGUGUUGUGUAUCAAGUUGAGAUGAUACUGUAUCAUAUUUUGGUGAUACUGUAUCAUGUGUGUUGAUACUGUAUCAUAUUGAGGUGAUACUGAAUGAUUAGUGACGAUACCAUACAGAAAAGAUAGCAAAAGAAGACAUGCCAUGGCUUGCAGUAUUCAUUCAAAGUUUGUAAGUUUUGUAUCAAAUAAUGGUGUUAUGUAGCCAGUUGAGAUAAUACUGUGAUACUGUAUCAUAUUGUGGUGAUACUGUAUCAUUUUUGUUGAUACCAUAGAGAAUAGAUAGCAAAAGAAGACAUGCCAUGGCUUGUAGGAUUCAUUCAAAGUUUGCAAGUUUUGUAUCAAAUUAUGGUGUUGUGUAUCAAGUUGAGAUGAUACUACUGUAUCAUAUUGUGUUGAUACUGUAUCAUGGUAUAGGUCGUUCAUGUACCAAAUUUGAAACCGUUUAUUUAUAUAACUCAAGCCGACUACUGUGUAUUAUUAGUGUGGCUUUUUAGAAAGUAGUCAAAGUUUUUAAAAAGUUUUAUGUUUUUUUGUGAGACUAUUUGAGAAAGUGCCUCGUUUUACAGUGACUCAAGUAUUUUAGUUCUAGUGAAUUUGAACAAUGCUCAAGUUUAUUAAUUAUAGAUGUAAAAACUAAUUAAGUAUAAUUUAAAAACUAUUGUUUAACCUAAGUGAACAAAAUGUGCUCAAAACCUCCUUGAAUUGAGCUGGUAAGAUGUAAAUAAAUAUAUUUAUAUCGAUAUGAAUAAACAAUGUUAAAAGUAUUGAAAUAAAUCUAGCAUAAUUUUGUGUAUUUAGUGUAAAUGUUAAUAAAACAAUACAUGGAAAUUGAAUUUAUUCAAAUGCUAAUAGAUGAAUAUCAUCAAUCUUGAAAGUAUAUCCAGUUGAACAG